AUGGCUGCCGCCGGCUAUGCCGUGGUAAUGCAGACCAAGAAUUGGAAAGUCAUCUGGAUCGUGCCCAUCCUAUAUUUGCUUAUUGGGGGCGUCGAAGCAUUGAUUGCUGGCAAUGUUGUUGGUGGACUACUUGGUGGCGUCUACACGGUGGGUUACUUUCGGAUGUCGACCUGGGUACCGCUGUCUUGGGGAAUCAUCAAUGCUCUGGCUCUGAUCCUCGCCUCCUUCGCUAUACAAGGAGGGCUGUGA